AUGUCUUCAGACACUUCAUUAUCGGAAUCUUCAUUACUUAAAGAAGAGAGUGGGAGCCUGACUAAGUCUCGUCCACCUAUAAAAUCAAACCCGGUACGCGAGAAUAUCAAAUCAUUUGUGGCCGGUGGAGUUGGCGGGGUAUGUGCGGUGUUUACGGGUCAUCCCUUCGACUUAAUUAAAGUGAGAUGUCAAAAUGGUCAAGCGAAUUCCACAAUACAUGCCGUUACAAAUAUUUUAAAAGAAGCUAGAACUCAAGUGAGGGGCACAAUAUUUACCAACUCCGUAAAGGGCUUCUAUAAAGGUGUCAUCCCGCCCUUAUUAGGUGUCACUCCCAUAUUUGCGGUUUCUUUCUGGGGUUACGAUGUAGGUAAGAAACUGGUCACUUUUAAUAACAAGAACGGAGGCAGCGACGAGCUAACUAUGGGCCAAAUGGCUGCUGCAGGAUUCAUCAGCGCUAUUCCCACCACUUUAGUGACUGCGCCAACGGAAAGAGUUAAAGUUGUACUGCAAACGUCUUCCAAAGGUUCUUUCAUUCAGGCGGCAAAAACCAUCGUUAGAGAAGGCGGUAUAGCUUCUUUGUUUAAAGGUUCAUUAGCCACUUUAGCAAGAGAUGGGCCUGGUUCGGCUCUAUAUUUUGCAUCUUAUGAAAUUUCAAAAAAUUACUUGAAUAGCAGGCAACCUCGUCCAGAUGUGGGCAAAGACGAGCCGGUUAAUAUCUUGAACGUGUGUCUUGCUGGUGGUAUUGCUGGUAUGUCGAUGUGGCUAGCUGUUUUCCCCAUAGACACUAUAAAAACCAAAUUGCAGGCUUCUUCCACGAGGCAGAAUAUGAUUUCCGCUACAAAGGAAAUUUAUCUAAAAAGAGGUGGUAUCAAGGGAUUUUUCCCUGGUUUAGGCCCUGCUUUACUAAGAUCUUUCCCAGCUAAUGCGGCUACAUUUUUGGGUGUGGAGAUGACUCACUCAUUGUUCAAGAAGUAUGGUAUAUGA